GCGUUAUCUGAGACUGAUAUAAAUCCUUAGCGCAGAAUAGGGUUUUGGAGCUUUAAAACACACUCAGAGAGCCAGAGUUGUCGCCUCCCAGCAGCUGCUGCAGAAAACCCUAAGCGCGCCUUUCUGCUGCAUCCACCCAACCAUGGCCGUCGGAAAGAACAAGAGGAUUUCCAAGGGAAAGAAGGGAGGAAAGAAGAAGGCGGCGGAUCCAUUUGCCAAGAAGGACUGGUAUGACAUCAAAGCUCCAUCUGUCUUCAACAACAGAAACGUUGGCAAGACUCUUGUUACCCGUACUCAGGGUACCAAGAUUGCAUCAGAAGGACUCAAGCAUAGAGUGUUUGAGAUAUCACUUGGUGAUCUUCAGGGUGAUGAGGAGCAUGCUUACAGAAAGAUCAGAUUGAGAGCUGAAGAUAUUCAAGGAAAAAAUGUCCUCACCAAUUUCUGGGGGAUGGACUUCACUACUGACAAGUUAAGGUCCUUGGUGAGGAAGUGGCAAACUUUGAUUGAAGCUUAUGUGGAUGUCAAAACAACUGACAACUACACUUUGAGGAUGUUCUGUAUUGGAUUCACCAAAAGACGUCCAAACCAGGUUAAGAGGACAUGCUAUGCACAAUCCAGCCAAAUUAGACAGAUUCGCCGCAAGAUGAGGGAGAUCAUGAUAGCGCAAGCAACAUCUUGUGAUCUUAAGGAUCUUGUCCAAAAGUUCAUUCCUGAAAUGAUUGGGAGAGAGAUUGAGAAGGCAACUUCAAGCAUUUACCCCUUGCAAAAUGUUUACAUCCGCAAAGUGAAGAUCCUAAAAGCUCCCAAGUUUGAUCUUGGAAAGUUGAUGGAGGUUCACGGUGAUUAUUCAGAGGAUGUUGGCGUGAAGAUGGAGAGGCCUGCUGAUGAGACAAUGGCUGAAGGUGCUACUGAAGUAAUUGGAGCUUAAGUGAAGAGUUUUUUCUUGUCUUUUAUCUAUGUUCCAGUUUAAAGAUUUUUUGAGCAUUUUUGUUUUAGAACCUGAGUAUGUUUAAGUUGCGCAUUUGUUCUAGCAGAGAUUUUUACAAUGUUUAUGUUAUUACAUGCAUUUAUGUAUUAGUGUAGGAGAUAAUUUUUGGUCCAAACCUCGAUUCAAUGAACAAGAAGUUUUAGCCUUAUUUUUCUAUUGAAUAUCAUAAGAUCCUUUGCCAAGUA